AUGCAGCAAGCUCCUGCCCUUACUUGGAAAACUGAUAGUCCAGUUUGGGUCGAUCAGUGGCCCCUCAAAAAGGAGAGGCUGCAACACCUCCGCCAUCUGGUGGCUGAACAGCUACGGGCGGGACAUAUCACGCCAUCAAGAAGCCCGUGGAAUACCCUGGUCUUUGUCAUUCAAAAGAAAAGCGGGAAAUGGCGAUUGUUACAAGAUCUUAGGCAAAUAAAUGCGGUAAUUGAGCCGAUGGGGGCGUUGCAGCCUGGACUGCCCUCUACUGCUAUGCUUCCUCAAAAUUGGAGCCUGACGGUGAUCGACUUGAAAGACUGUUUUUUUACCAUUCCGCUCAACCCUGCGGAUGCACCGCGAUUUGCAUUCUCGGUUCCAUCAUUUAAUGCGGCAGAACCUCACCAGAGGUAUCACUGGGUGUUCCUGCCCCAAGGAAUGUGCAAUAGUCCCAUGAUCAGCCAGUGAUUCGUGGCUCGGGUGCUCGCACCUGUUUGUCUUGCACACCCAAGCCUCUUGAUUUAUCACUAUAUGGAUGACAUCCUAAUUGCGUCUCAGACUCCAGCGGACAAUGAGGAGGUCGUUGCUGCUGCGAUUCAAGCAGUGACAACCGCCAGCCUUUGUGUCGCCCUGGAAAAAAUUCAAACGGUGACCCCAUGGCAGUACCUAGGGUUGCGCAUCGAUAAUCAGACUAUAACACCAUAA